UCUUCUUCACAGAGGAGCGCCAGAUGGCUGAGUGGUUCGCCUCAGUGUUAAACUGAGACUCGACAUUCCUCAGGGCGACUCGGGAGGGUGGAUAUAAAGAAGCACCGUGACUGAGGAUCAACACAAACCCAUUCCAGCUCGUUCUCUCCAGCGCAGCAGAGUGAAAGGAAACUCCAGCCUCACCAUGAGUCGCAGCCCGGAGCGCAUCUCCUCGUACAGGAGGCACUUUGAAGGAGCUCUUGCCUCCUCCUCAUCCACCUGCCACAUCCGGGUAGCCAGUCCGAGUCCACGCAGACGCGAAACCCGUCACCGGUCCGCCAGCUACACCCGCAGCACCCGCAGGACCCGUUCCGGCUCCCGCAUCGCUCGUCUCACCGGCAGCGUGAGCAUGAGCGCUCUGUGUGUUGGUAUGGGUCUCGGAGGAGCCCUGGACCUGGAAGCUGCUUCUGCUGCCAACCAAGACUACCUAAACACGCGCACAAGCGAGAGAAAGGAGAUGAUCACCCUCAACGACCGCCUGGCUGUCUACAUCGAGAAGGUGCGCUCGCUGGAGCAGCAGAACAAGCUGCUCGAGACCGAGAUCGAAGCGCUGAAGGGCCGAUACGUGAAGCCAUCAGGCUUGCGCAUGAUGUAUGAGGAGCAGCUGAGGGAACUCAGGAGGGUAUCCGAUCAGAUGAGGGUCCAGAGGGACAUUGCUUUAGCUGCCAAGGACGCCAUGGUUGCGCAGCUGGAGAUGGUCAAGACCAAGUAUGAGGAGGCGCUGGAAGCCAGGAAGAAGGCCGAACACGACAUUCAAGCAUUUAAGCCUGAUGUUGAUGCUGCUACGGCCGCUCGCAUCGCUCUGGAAAAACAGCUGGAGAACCUGGAGGUAGAGAUGGAGUUCCUUCAGAGGAUUCACAAACAGGAAAUCGAAGAACUCAUGGCUCAGAUUUACGAAACCGUGGCUAAAGUGGACAUGGCCUUCGCUCUGCCUGACCUCGCGUCCGCCCUCAAACAGAUCCAGACCCAGUACGACAGCAUCGCAGCAAGGAACCUGCAGGAUAUGGAUGCCUGGUAUAAAACGAAAUUCCAGGACUUGAACACGGCGUCGACGCGACACGUGGAAUCGGUCCGUGGAAUCAGGGAAGAAGUCGUGAACUACAAGAAGGACAUUCAAAAUAAGCAGCGAGAACUGGACGCUCUUAACACCAGGUACGAGACACUGUUGGCUCAGAUUCGGGACAACCAAGAGAAAUACAGGAAGGAGGAAGAGGAGUUACAGAUCCGCAUCGAGGCCCUGAAGCAGGAAAUGAAGUUGGUUAAAGAGAAGAUCACUCUGCUGCUGAAGGAAUAUCAGGACCUCCUCAACGUGAAGAUGGCUCUCGAGAUCGAGAUCACCACGUACAGGAAAUUGAUCGAGGGGGAGGACACCCGCUUAUCCACGAUGGUCCAAGGCAUGUCUCUGAUGAGCCUCAGCCUCUCCGGGAGUCUCAGCACCGCAGGAGUGAGGGUGAGUGGAGCCUUAGCUGAAGGAGUCGGAAGAGCCGGAGCGUCGUCCUCCAGCCAGGGCACCACCAGCGAGGAGUUCUCUCACGAGCAGGCUGUGGAAAUGACUGAGAGGAAGACCGUCCUCAUCAGAACAGUUAAGACAGACGAUGACGUCAUUCAGAGAGACACGCAAGAGCGCACCAUCACCAUCUCCGGAGCCGCCGAUGAGGCCGAUGAGUAGCCGACGACGACGUCGAGCUCAGAAAUCCGAUCACGUGACAAGUCAUUUAAAAGCCAAUAAUUUCUAACCAUUAUUACCAUUUUAGAAUUGUUUAUUAGAGAACAUGAACGGACCCGUAUUACAGAUGUGAAGCUCCGAAAUCCGAUCUCGUGUCGUCCGACGCAGCUCAUGCGCUUCGACUAAACCGCUAACGCACGUGUUCUAGCUUUUAACCCUCUGGUGUCAUCUCUGGUUCAAUCACAUGCGUGAAAUAAACAUGACUGCAAAGCA